AUGGAUUCUUGGGAUGAAGGUACUGACUGUUGCAAAUGGGAGGGUGCGGUGUGUGAUAACAAGAAAGGCAAUGUGAUCGGCCUUGAUCUCAGUUGUAGUGGACUAAUUGGUUCUCUCCAAUCAAACAGUUCCCUCUUCUCACUUCAAAACCUUCGAUGGCUCAACCUUGCCGGCAUUGGCUUCGGCAACUCUGAAAUCCCAUCUGAGUUUGGUAAGUUGAGGAGUCUAACUUAUCUCAAUCUCUCUGCCACUGGACUCACUGGUCUUGUCCCACCUGAAAUCUCUCUUUUGUCAGAAAUAGUUUCGCUUGAUCUUGGUGUAAAUUUUCUUUUCUUUAGGAACCAUGAUUUUAACAUGCUUGUCCACAACCUUACAAAAUUAGAAAAUAUGAUCCUUGACGUUAUAGAUUUGUCUCUGGUUGUACCUUAUUCUUUCCUUAACUUGACUGUCUCAUUGAAGCAUCUAAGUCUUUCUGACUGUAAUUUGCAAGGAAAUUUCCCAACCCAAGUUUUCCAUCUUCCAUAUCUUCAAAACAUCAAAUUAAGAAAUAAUGCAAAUCUCAGUGGUUAUCUACCAGAAACAAAUUGGAUCAGUCCACUUAGGUUGUUGGAUGUUUUAGGGACAAGGAUUUCAAAAGGGUUACCCGUCUCAAUUGGUAAUCUUAAACACUUGAAAAAGCUUAACCUUGAUAGUUGUGUUUUUAUGGGGUCAAUCCCUUCAGCCCUCGGAAACCUCACAAAAAUCGCCUUCUUGGAUAUCUCAGGCAACAUGUUCCAAGGGCAAAUUCCUGAUGUUUUUGGGAAUUUAAACGAUCUACGUUCCAUGGAUUUUUCCUCCAACAAUUUUAGCGGUGUCUUCCCACCAUCAGCAUUUAACCUCACCAGCCUUACCUUCAUGGACUUCUCUUCCAAUUUCCUUCAGGGUACCCUUCCCAACAACUUAAGUGGACUUUCGUAUCUACGAGAACUCUACUUAAGUGCAAACUUGCUUAGUGGCAGAGUACCAGGUUGGUUGUUCAGUCUACCUUCUUUGGAGCAUCUAGACCUUCACUCUAACAAACUUAAUGGUCCCAUUGACCCAAUCCAAGAGCCUAAUCUGGUCCAACAAGUCUAUUUAUAUAAGAAUGAAAUACAGGGAACGAUUCCAAGUUCUUUCUUUGAACUCAUCAACCUUGCUUCUCUUGACCUUUCAUCUAAUAACUUGAGCGAAAAUAUCAAGUCAUGCAUGCUUGUGAAGCUUAGGAAUCUAGGGUUUCUUGAUCUUUCAUUUAACAACUUACUAUCAUUAACAAGGUGUAGUAAUGAUGUCAAUUCUGCCCUACCCAUGAUAAAUCAGUUUCAUUUCUCUUCUUGCAACAUGCAACGUUUCCCAAGCUUCUUGAAUGCAUCCAAGUCCUUGGAACAUUUGUUGGAGAAUAAAACGUGA